AUGCACCAAGAAGAUGCUAUGCAUGCGUUGCUGCACUGUCUAGACCUAAAGCCUCUGUGGUGCACACAGCCAGAGUGGAACCAUGGCAUGCUCCAUGCGUGCACCUCCUUUAUUGACGUGUUUGAUUUCAUUUUUACAGGAAACAAAGAACCGGAGCUGUCUGCAGCAGUAAUUUGGACACUCUGGAAUAGGCGCAACAACCUACGCCUCGGCAAACCGGCCUUAACACUUGACAAAGUGAUGGAGUUUGCCCAGGAACGACUGACGAGGUCUGAAACAACCAACGAGCGAUCUUCACACCCUCAUGGACGCGCAACAAUGCAUUGGACAACACCUGAUGCUAACGGGCUCAAGAUAAACUUUGACGGCGCGAUAUUUGCAAACAGAGAUUGUGCUAGAAUCGGCACAGUAAUCCGAAAUGAUGCUAGGCUGAUCAUGGCGUCUUUGACUCAACAAAUACCUCUACCAACAUCUGUCAUUGAGGUGGAAGUGUUGGCGGCUAGAAGAGCUUUAGAAUUUGCGUUGGAACUGGGCUUUGACGAUAUAACUCUUGAAGGUGACUCUGAGCUCCUUAUAAGGAACCUGAAGAAUGGAGGUAGCAAGCUGACCCACUACAAAAACAUUGUAGCUGAUAUUUUCUUCCUAUUGUCUCAUUUCCCUAAAGCAAAUAUAUCUUUUGUCCGGAGACAGUGUAAUCAGUUAGCACAUUCAUUAGCAAGGAGAGCAAUUAUACCUCCUAGUAUGUUCGUCUGGAUGGAAGAAGUACCACUAGACCUUGAAUCUGUAUUUUUGGCUGAUCUUGAGAGCCUACCUUAA